UCUCAGCCAUUGCCUAUUCCGAAUAUUUUUGGGGCAGAGUGGGGGGUACACGCUGGAUAACAGAGGGGAGGGGAGUGAUAAUUGCAAACCCACCCCUCUCCUCCUCUUCCCUCGUGGAGACAGUACAAUAGCCGGCAGACCACUCUAGCAGUUCGACUCCCCCUCUCCCCCCGUCCACGUCUCUCAACCACCCACCUACUCACUCAGGCAAAGUCUGUCUAGUUGCGUCCCUGUGCGCGGAGUAAGAACGCUUCAUUCCAGUGACUGGUACGCUGCGGAAAGCAUGGCUUGCCGGAAAGAUACGCUCUUGCUCGUCAUUUUGCUCUCUCUCGUGACUUUUUAUGUGCGGGCCAAGGUGGACAUUGACAUGGAUGACACCGUGUCUGUGUACAGGGGCGACCCGGCAGAUAUCCACUGUCGGUAUUCCUUCUCCGAGCAGCCCAGAAUGAUGAUGGUCCAGUGGUUUGUUAAAUACCCCAAUGGCACUAGGAUGAGGAUCUCUUACCGUGACCUGACCAUGGAGAAAGUGGACGAGGGCACAGACUACACGGAUCGGAUCACAGUGACCGGAGACAACAACAGCGAGAUCUUGACCCUUCACGCUGUGAGGCUGUCAGACGAGAGGGAGUUCUUCUGCCAGGUGAACGGCAUGGCCGCGGGAAAUGGCGAGAGGAAGACCCACCUCAUGGUUUUUGAUCCACCAGAGGCCCCAGUGAUUGAAGGAGUCCAUUCAGGGAUCUCUGUGUCUAGUCAUCUCCUCUCCAAGAUUGCAUCUUGUGAGGCCAGGAAAGGAUACCCCAAACCAAACAUAACAUGGUACCGCGAUGAGACCCCACUUAUCCCUAUAAAUGGAGAGAUCAAUGUGGUCACCUUGGUGACCCGGGAGGCCAGUGGUUUCUACACUGUGCAGAGCGAGCUUCAGUUCAAGGUCACCAAAGAGGACAAGGACGCGCACUUCUCCUGUAAGGUCAGCUACUUCGUGCCGGGAGAUGUCAGGACCUCUGCUUCGCAGCCCAUCAACAUCACUGUGCACUAUCCCACGACGAGCCUCGAGCUGUGGAGAGAACUGCCUACAGGCCUGGUCAAAGAGGGGGACACAGUGGAAAUCCGUUGCCAGGGUGACGGCAACCCCCCACCACCUUUCACUUUCAACCGUGAACAACAACCUGAGAUUGAGCUCGACUCCUCCAACGGAAAUCUGGUUAUCCACGAUGUGACCCGAAGGGACGGCGGGGUUUACCAGUGCCGCACUCUGGAUCUGGACACAGAGGAGGACGUGGUGGGAAACAUGCAUCUCACUGUGCAUUAUCUCGACCCUGCCGUGGUGGUGCCGAAAGAUUCCGAGGUCAUGUCCAAAGGCGAGAGUCUUACAGCGACCUGCAAUGCUCUGUCAUCUCUCAACACCUCCACUGUGUGGUUCAAGAAUGACCGAGAGAUCGGCCGAGGGCACACCCUGCUUCUGGAGGACGCCACGUUUGACACGGCAGGAGAGUAUGUGUGUGAAGUCUCUGUGCUCUCCUUGCCAGAUCUGCAGACUACUGGUUCUGUUCAUAUCAUUGUUCAAGGUGCUCCUGAAAUACGGGAUGCGGAGAAUGAAGUAGAUAUGAAGGAAAACGCAGGCAAAUGGGUGAACUUAAGCUGUGAGGCCCGUGGCUACCCCAGACCAAUUAUUUCUUGGAGUAUUCAAGGAACCCAGAGCUGGCGUGAGGUGGUGAACAGGGUCACAGAUGACACUGUCCAAAGCUUGGUGACUCUCAAAGUCACGUCCGACAUCUCCGCCUUCUGCAAUGCCACAAACGACAUGGGCGUGGAGAGCAAGACAUACAACAUCAAAUCCAUCUCAAUGGUGACCCCAGCAGAAAGAUUUCAAGCUGAAGGUAGUGGCAUUAUCAUAGUGAUCAUCAUCAUCUGUAUCCUUCUGCUGGCCAUCCUGGGGAGUGUCCUUUACUUCCUCUACAAGAAAGGAAAGCUGCCCUGCGGACGAUCAGGCAAACAAGAAAUCACCACUGAGAAAACCAACAAGGAUGACAUUGUAGUCGAGAUGAAGGCUGAAAAAACAGAGGAGGCCGUUCUUCUCAAGGGUGUCAAUGGUGACAAAAAGCCCAUGAAUGAUCAGGCUUCUCCCGACCCUUCCCCCCACCACCCCACCUCUGUUCACCUGCUGUUUUUUUCCUGGAGUAAAGUACAUUGACCUGCGCAAAUAACCUGGAUGAAAGUCAAGUGCCCAAGAUGCCAGCUGCAACCCUUGUGGGACCUUCCCGGUGUGGCAGCGCCCUCUGGCUCAGCCUUUGAAGGUUGUGUACGUACAGCAGCGAUUCCCUCUCACUUCCUUGACUCGGUACAUCUCAUUGAUCAGCAGUAUUUCCGAUUGAACACAUUGGACCAAUUUGGACCCUCUCGAAAAGAUUUGAAUUAAAAAAAAACAAACAAGAAACCUUUUCUUCCCAAAAUAUUUUUGCUAUCUUAUCUGCCAUCUUUGAAACAAAAUGAAUCAACAAUUAUGAGUUCUUUAUAAAGUGUAUAUAUUAUAUAUAUUUAGUUAUUUAAAAUAUUUUGACAUAAACCUUUCUGCUAAGAAAAAACACAGUUCAUGGGGAAAACAGUGCACUCCUGUAGUCUAGUACAAUUUCACCAUUUUAGCGAGUGGGGAGGUGUUCUUCAUUUCUCCUCUCUGUACAGUCAUGCUACUUUUAAGGUUUCAGUACUAUUCUAGAAAUAACUGCCAAAGGUCCAAGCGGUCCUGUUCCUCUGUCUCUGACCUGGGCUUCUAUACUACUACUUGACAGACUGAAAUGGUGGCCACCAUACACCAACAGACCUCUCUGACACAUGCCAAAAGAUUGUAAAAAAAUAAAUAAAAAAGAAUAGGUUUGAUAUCAAAAACUGGUGAUGUGUAGUUUAAUGUCUUGCCACUGUACUCAUAGUUUUCAGCCCCACUGGUUUAUCAAAACUAUUUUUGUAUUAUUUCAAUGUGUAUUAUUAAUGUUGCUGUUCAUUUGUAUUAUUGAGAGCAGGUGUAGUUAAGUUGAAUAGUUUUUUUUUCUCCAAUAAGCCCUUAAUAAUUGAUCAUUUUUCGUAAUCACCUCACAUUUUAAGUAUACAUGUAGGUGAAUAUCAUCUGUGGUACAUUAAAUGUUUUCCGUUAUUGAAAUAUUACUGUUGAUCAGUGGUCACUAAUGGAAAUAUAUCAUAGCUCACAGUGACAGCAGAGCAAAGAGCCAACAGCCAACAUCUCUGCCUACAUGUUUAUGUUCAACCAUGGUGACUACAUCCCUAACACUGAUGAGUAUUUGCCAAAUCCUGUUUGUUUUGUGUUGCCAAAAAGAAAUGGCAGAACAUGGUGUUUCUUUCUUUUUAUUUGUAAAAGAAGAAAUCGGUCAUUGCAUUUGUAAUGUGUAGGGAAAUCUGGAAGUGUUUGCCCUUGACAAACUACUGCUAAGCUCUUGUAUUGUUUGUAAAUAGUAGCAAAAACCUGUAGCUGUUAUGUUCAACUGCAGUGGGGAGAGGCAUCCUCCUGCUGUUGCAUGAACUACAGUGCCUGUGGACACGUCUCCAUUUUAUGAAAUGUUUGUAACACUGAAACCUUUUGUCUUUGUAUGUUUAUGUGUGCGUGCGGGAGAGAGUGUAUGUGUGUAUGUGUGUGUGUGUGUGUGUAUGUGUGUGUCUGUGAUUGGUGAAGGGAAGUGGUAUAGUUACAGUCAUUGUUUUUAAAGCCGUACAGAAGCGGUAUUAAAAUAUACAUUACUGAUGAAUUGGUAAAAUCCUUUCCUGCUUGAUCCAAUAUUUUGAUUUCCUUUCAAAUCUACACGAGAUGCUGGUACUUUGUGUAUAUACAAGGGGAGAUUAUUCCUGUACAAUUUGAAGUACCUGAUUAAUGAUGAUAAUGCUUAUUUUCAAUUAGGGUUGCAAAAUUCCGGGAAUUUUCAAAGUUGGAAACUUUCCAUGGGAAUUAACGGGAAUAUAUACGGGAAUCAAGGGGAAUAAACGGGAAUUAAUAGGA